AUGGCUGUCCUUUCCAUCGAUCGUACGCUGUCACGGGAUGGCAAGGCGAUCCCCGUUCGACGAGCCGGCGAUGUUGGGGCAAUGGACGCAAGCUCUGUGUGGCGCUCCCGAGAGUCUCCUGGGAACGCGCUCUCACAGCGUGCGGAGGCUGUCCUUUUGGUGGCGCUUGGCUCCACCCGGGGAAUCACAGCUCUUGCAACUGCAAGCGACGACGGGCAUAAGUCCGCUCACAGCGUGCUCGUGCGACAGGGUUUGUUCAGGUCGCCGCCAUGGGGAGCGAGAAGUUUGGGCAAAUUCGUCGUGCCUUGCCGCUCUCUCAGGCGGUGCUGUUCAUGA